UACGUGUGUGGCUACAAGACUUGACAGUUCGUUUGCGCUAGAUGAACUUCACGAAAUUUCGCCGCAAAAAAUUAUAACCCGUAAUAAUUCCCACACUCUGUGUGUGUACGGGCACACGCGCGCGCUCUGGCAACCAAACCAAGCGAAGGCAAGUAAACUGUAUAAGGUUUCGUUAGGUGGUAAAUGAGAUCCAUCUGACCGCUUUAUAUCUGGUUUCCUGCUCUUUCCCUAUCGCAGUCUAUCUCGCGUUACUUCAGUUUAGUUCCAUUGUGUUUUAGUUUUUAGUGUUGCAAACUUACCGUAAACAUGUUGCCAAUCGGUAGGCUAUUUGCGCACGGUAGCGCACUCCGUACGUUACAGCAGAGUUGGCUCGCGCAGUAGCGAGGAGAGGUGGACCCCUCGCGGAGUCGUGUUACGUCUUGCUUUUUAUAGGAGGAAUGGGGUUAGUGAAAUGCCAACUCUCUGGAAACAGAUAGUGUUCUCCUUCGCUUCUAUACUCAGCAUCGGUUCUGUGGUACUUCUGGUCGUGGCACUGUCCACCGAGCGCUGGGUCACCGGAACCACAUUGUGUCAGACAGGAGUAGAUCUGGUGAACGCGUCUAGUCUAGAGCUCGAGCAGUUCACGGGACACAUUUACUAUGGCCUCUUUCAGGGCGGGAAAACACGGAGAUGCGGGCUCGGAAUCCGCCGCUCUAAAAUAUACAUUUUCCCAAAACUCAUCAAAAAAAUCAACAGUGGUCUUCACAUGAUCAUUAUCUUCUUCCUUUUCACUGCUAUUGGCUUUGCAGUGCUCAGUUUAGCUUUCUGUAUAUAUAAUGCCAGAAAAGUUCCUUAUCAAUCUAUCAAAGGACCUUUUGGCAUCUACCUCUGGAAUUUCAUUGCAGCUCUGUUUAGUGCAAUGGGCUUUGCGUGUUUCCUUGCAGCAAUUCAGUGCCAUCAGCUCACGAAACAUGUGGCUAACUACCGUGAGAGCCUUUUUACCCUUGUGAUCCUUGAGGAGAAUCUUGGCUUCUCCUUCUGGUUGUGCGUUGCCAGCGCUGUAACACAUGGAGCUAACAUUCUUGUAGUAGCCUCCAGUAAAAUACAUCUGCCUAAAAUACAGACUAAGAAACCCGAAGAACCCUCAGCCACUGGAGAAGACUUCCUCUACUAA